AAACUGCAUUUAAUUGUGAGUUCCUUAACAAAAUUAUAAAAAAUCCAAAUUAAAAAUAUUAAAUAAAUAAUAAAAUGGUGAAAUUAGCAAAAAAGAAAUCCAAAACUAAACAUGUACAUGUUAAGCCAUUAAGCCGCAAAGAAUUGCGCAAACAAAAAACCGAGGAAAAGAAAGAACAUAAACGUUUAUUUUUCUCCAGCAAAACUGAUGGCAAGAAAUUAGUGGCCGAAGCAAAAGAGCAACAAAAAAAUAAUAAUGGACAAGACAAAAAGAAUAAUAAAAAGAAAAAACCCAAAGUCACCAUCAAUCCUGAUGACAUACCCAUUGAACAACUAUUAUCUGGUGAAGUUAAUUCGGACAAUGACGAGUCAGUGGAUUCAGACUUUUCCGAUGAAGAAGUGGAUGCCUUGCUGCCGGAAUCCUUAAAGCUACAAAUGAAAUCUAAAGGAAAACCACAACCCCCAGCAAAGAAAGCCAAACAAAUACAACCCACACGUCCCGAUGCCGAAGAAAUCCAUCGCCGCGAAUUACAGCGCCAAAAAGAAUUGCAGAAUCACUCAAAGAAACUUCGCGUCAAACAACUAAAAGUGGAGAAUGAGGAAGAAGAUAAAAUGAUAGCUAAAUUGGAGAAAAAAUUGGGUUUGAAUAAGACCAAGGAUAAAAAUCGUUUAGUGCGUAAAAUGUUCAAUGAUGGUUUGGAUUUUGCAUUGGAAUUGUGUCUUGACGACGAGGAGGAAAAGGAAAAACAAAUACUGAAAGAUAAACGCAAAGAAGAAUUGAAAAAACAGCAAAACAAAGAACCCAGCUGGAGUGAUGAAGAGCAAGAUGAUGAAAGAUUUAAUGCAAUAUUUGGCAGUGGCGGGGAGUCAGAUGGUUCAGAGGCAAAUGAUUUAGCGGGAGAAGAACAAGAGGAGUUUGAUGAUGAUGAAAGUGAUUUUGGUGAGGAGGGUGAAGAGGAGUUAGAUGAUGAAUUUGGGGGUGAGGAACAAGAUUCAGAAAAUGAACAGAACAAAGAGGAACAAGAUGAAUUUAAAGAAGACAUUUAUGGCCGAAAACGCGACAAAGAUGGCAAUAUUAUUAUGGAAGGAGCUAGUGAUGGUCCCCAAAAAUAUAUACCACCUCAUCAAAGAGCCCUGCUGGCCGCUAAGGGUGACAAUAAACAGGCAGAGAUUUUAGAAAGACUACGCAAACAAUGUAAAGGUCUACUUAAUCGUUUAUCAGAAGCUAAUCUGCAUAAGAUAUCCACGGGUAUUGAGGAACUUUACAUGAAAAACUCACGUUUUAAUAUGAAUGAAACUCUGAACAAAUUGCUGCAAGAGGCAUUGGUUAGUAAAGUGCUGGCAAAUGAACGUAUGGUCCAAGAACAUAUGGUACUGUUGGCAUAUUUACAUGCUCACGUUGGCAGUGAAAUAGGAGCCCACUUUCUACAAAUGUUUAUUGAACAAUUCGAUAGCCUGCUAAAAAAUUUAACUCACUUGCAGCAAGAAGACAAGAGCUUAAAUAAUGUCGUCCUAAUUCUUAGCUACAUGUAUGUUUUUAAGAUAUUCGAACAUAGAUUAUUGCUGGAAAUCAUAGACCGUUUAACCAACCAAUUGGACGAGAAGACUAUAGAAUGUUUGCUAUUGGUAUUUCAGUCGGUGGGUUUUAAAUUAAGAAAGGAUGAUCCGUUGGCAUUUAAACAAAUGAUGUUAGGUGUGCAAACAAAAAUCGCAGCUGCUCCAUUGGAAUUGAAAGAGAAUUUAAGACUUAAAUUCAUGGUGGACAUAUUGAAUGCCGUUAAAAACAAUAACAUUAACAAAAUACCCAAAUUCGAUCCCAUGCUACAUGAGGACUUAAGAAAGAAAUUAAAGGCCAUGUUAAGAAAUGAUAAAUAUGUUAUAACACUCAAUAUAACCAUGGAAGAUUUGCUACGUGCUGAUACUGUGGGUAAAUGGUGGGUUGUGGGUUCUGCCUGGACGGGCAAUAUUAAUGAAAUGGCUGCUGCCAAAAAGAAAGGCGAAGCAGACGAAAAUUCUUCGAAAACCCAAAAAUUCUCCGAACAAUUACUUAAACUGGCCAAACAGCAAAAAAUGAAUACCGAAGAAAGACGCAACAUAUUCUGCAUUAUAAUGAGUGCGGCCGACUACAUAGAUGCCUUUGAGAAAAUUUUGCAUUUAGCUGUGAAAGAUCAACGUUCGAUAGCUUAUGUCACCAUACACUGUUGCCUAAACGAAAAAGCCUCCAAUCCCUAUUAUGCCCAUUUGGCAUUGAAAUUUUGCAACUUCAAUCGUAAAUACCAACUGGCCUUUCAAUUUGCCUGCUGGGAUCGCAUCAAUGAAAUUGAUGCUCUCAACAAAACUCAAGUACGCAAUUUAGCACGUUUCCUGCAGCAUCUCAUAAUGAACAAUGGUUUACAGUUGGCUGUUUUGAAGAUUGUGGAUUUCCUGCAGCUGGAUAAACAGUCGUUUGCUUUAAUGAAAGAAAUCUGCAAGGGCCUGUUGUUGUCGUCUGAGGAGCAGGAGUUGUAUCAAGCUUUCGAGAGGUUGGCCAAAAAUUCAAAGUUGCAACAAUUUAAACAAAGUUUACGUUUGUUCCUGCAACACUUUUUACUUAAAGAACAGGGAGCUACCUUAAAACUAAGCGAAGAUGAAAUGGAAUUGCUGCAAAAGCGUGCGGAUUAUGUGGAUAAAUUAUUAGCUUAUGUAGAUAUGUAAAUAGUCAAUUAUAUGAAAUAAGAAAUAAAAUAAAAAAACAUUUUUUGUAAAAAAAUAA